GCGCGUGCGCCGUUUGUCGCCGGUGGCGGGGCCUCAGCCGUCGGCGCGACCGAUUCGAACGGCCUGGGCGGGCGGAAAGGAGCGAGUGAGGCGAUAUGCCGGGCUCCGGGGCCCUGCUUCGCCAGUGCCCGCUGCUGCUGCCUCAGAACCGGGAGGGGACGGCCUAUCAGGGCUUCAUCACUGCGCAGGGUAGAGACUUCCAUAUCAGGAUACUGUUACCAAUGGAUUUUCAACUGCAAAAUGCAAGGAUAGAGUGUAGCUGGUACCUAAAGAAGAUACUGCAUGGAUAUCAGCAUAUUUUAAAGCAGAGGUUGCACAGCUGUCCAGAUCUUGUCAGUUUUAUGGUAGAGCUGAAAACUAUUUUGGAAAUUGCUUUAAAGAAUACACGAGACCUGCAUAUACCGUGGCCUCCAGAAUACUACUCCUGUCUUGUCAGAGAUCUAGAAAUACUGGGUUGGAAUAAAGUUGCGCAUGUGGAUACUGGUUUUACCACAAUCAAGCUAAAAGCUGAAGACUCUUGCGGUCGACAGCAUCUCAUCACUCUGAAGUUAAAUGCAAAGUAUCCAGCAGAACCACCAGAAUGCUUUGUGGAUUUUCCUGUUCAGUUUGCUGUUUCUUGGAUGCCACAGAACUCCUUAAUAGACAUUUAUAAUCAGUUCCUGGCAGCAUUAGAAUCGCUGAAAGAAUUCUGGGAUGCCAUGGAUGAAAUCGAUGGGAAGACCUGGGUGCUUGAGCCGGAACAACCCACGCGGAGUGCCACAGCAAGAAGAAUUGCGAUAGGGAAUAAUGUCUCGGUGAAUAUAGAGGUAGACCCUCAGCAUCCAAACAUGCUCCCCGAGUGUUAUUUUCUGGGAGCGGAUCACGUGGUUAACCCGUUGAGAAUUAAGCUGAACAGCAAUAUGCACUUAUGGGAUCCAGAAAUCAGUUUACUGCAAAACUUGAAAGACCUCUUAGAAAUUGAUUUUCCAUCUCGUGCCAUCUUAGAAAAAAGUGACUUUGCUAAGGACUGUGGGAUCUGCUAUGCCUAUCGCCUUGCUGGCGCUACUCCAGACCAAGUGUGCGAUGAUCCCCGCUGCGGACAACCUUUUCACCAGGCCUGCCUGUAUGAGUGGCUGCAAGGUCUUCCUUCUAGUAGACAGAGUUUUAAUGUCAUCUUUGGUGAAUGUCCGUAUUGUAACAAGCCCCUGACACUGAAAUCUUCAACGAAGAAACUUUGAGGAAAAACCUCCGUGACAGGAACAGGACUGCACUUACACUGAAGACACCGGAACAGUGACAUCAAAGAAGAUACAAGGAAAGUAGUAUUAGUAGGAGAAGUACAAGUAUAGCUAUACUGUAGUGGUAGGUCUCGUCAGUGAAUGCAAACAUAAACGUAAUAGAUAUAGACGGCCUAGUGCUGUCAGAACUGGGCUCUUGCACUGGUGCUGGGUGAUCUGUAGGUAAGAGGUGAUCAAGUUUCUUUUUGGAUUCUGAGAAUAUCACUUGUGGGUUGAAUGGUGGCAAGUGUCUGGCAGUCUCUUUCUGCAGGGGAAAAAAAAAGUUAUAGUAAAUGUAAUAUUGAAUAAGUGAGAUGUGAAUGGGACAAACAAAGAUGCCAUCUAGGUAUUCAAGUUAUCCUACAGAAAGCAAUACAAUUCCUAGAAAGUCUUAACUCUGGAAUGUGUGGAUGUAGUUAUACUGGAUAUUAAGUAUAUAACAUUAGGUAUGAUUAAACACCUUCUAAAGGACAUACUCUAUAUCUAUUACUGAAAUCAACAGCUGAAAUUCUUCCAUAUCUUCAACGUGGUUCCAAUAAAUGUUAACAGAUUAAGUCUUUACGUUAUUCUUGCCAAUAAAGUUUUAGCCUGGAAACCCUA